UGUAUGUCUUUAUUUUUUCAUCUGUUUAAUUUUAGAUUAAAUUCCUAUUAUUUGUUUGCAUAUCCAUUUCUUAUUUAUAUUUUGUUUGAUACUCAAUGCAAUAUUGGGAAAUGAAAUUAAGUCAGAAGUUUUGUUGAUGAACUUAGAAAACUUAAACCCCCAUUCGGCCUCUAGCAAUUUCUCAACCAAUAUCUCCACCAUACGGCCUAGAAAACCCAUAAACUCAAGAAAGCAACAAAUGCAACAAAUGCAAAAGUAAGCAAUGUAUGUCUCCCAAGCUUUAGCAACCUAUUUUGGGGUGAAAUUCGAUUUUAAGAUCAGUGUAGUUAAAAGCCAUGUCACGUAAUAUUCACUAACUAUUACUGACCUUUUCAUUUUUACUUAUUAUUUAUUUUUUCUAAAUGUUAAUCCUUGCUUGGGUGCUGAGAAAACUGAUGAAAUGUGGGGUUUGGGGUUCUGGGGUUUCAAAUAAUGGCUGGAUGUUUGAGAUUCAGAACAAUGGCGUUGUUUGGUUGCGGGGAAGCUUGCGGUCUAAAAUGGGAUUACUGUUCACAUUCACUGUUCAUGACGACAGCGAAUUACUGUUACUAUUGUUGUCUUGUCUGCCAACACUACAGUGCCGACAAGUUACUGUUUCUGAUUGAAAACUUUCACUGUUCCUGAUUGGCGCCGACUCCACAGUGCGCAUACUUUCUACUAUUUACUUUUGACCGCACUAACGCGAAAUCUUCUUUUACUAUUUGUAUCAUGAUUGUAUUUUGUUUUUCUCAAUGUUAUUUACUUAUAUAACGGGCUCCCCUCCCCCAUUGUAAGGCAGAAGCUUUUUUGGGAUAAUCUGAUACCCAUUACUUUUGACCAUUCCCCUGGUUUCAUUUUGUAUCCUCUCUUCUCCUCUAUCACUUACUUCUGUAAGUUCUAUCACUUACUUUUGUUGGUAUCACACCUACCGUUCAACAACUAGGGCGUGAAGAAGAAACUGUGUGUAAGGCCAAGGGUAUGUGUGGAUAGUUUUGUGUCUAGAAAGGAUAUACUUAGGAAGUUUGCCUUGUGAGUGAGUACCUAGGAUGAGAUUCUGUAAGAGUUUACCAAGUGAGUGAUUUUGAGUUUAGUUUGUGUGUCAAAAUGUGGAGAUCUAAUUCUUCUGUUAGCUCUAAUUCCAGUUUACCAUCUAACGUGGUUAAUUUUGAACAAUUUUCUGUUGAAAGUGAUAAUGAUUUCAGAUUUGAUAAAUGGAACAUCCCUAAGCUUGACGCUAAGGAUGUUUACAUUACUUCUUGGUUUAAAUCUUUUUUUAAAUCUGAAUAUUCUGUUAAAACUGUUGAACAAACCUUUGCUAUUUCUGGUAAUAAUCAAACUAUUACCUUGUUUAACAAUAAGUUUGUUAAUAAUUCUCUUGCUAAAGGUUACAGAUUUUUGCAUAUUGGUUCUGUUCAAGUUGCAGUCAAGCCAUUGACUCGACUUGGUAUUAAUGUUUCUGUUUUGUUAUGUUUGCGUGACGCAAGAUUUGUUGAUUUUCGUACUAGUAUUCUUGGUAUGAUUCAGUCUUCUCUGUUUAAUGGUCCUGUCCAUUUCGAUGUUUUCCCCAAUAUUUCUCUUGCUUUGGUUGAUAUUCAUAUUCUUAAAGCUUUGACGCUGAAUAUUCUUACUUCUGGUUAUAAUAUAGAAGAAGGUAGGAGACCCUUUGCUAUCAUCUACCGUAUUUAUUAUAAAUUGAUGAAGACAAAUCUAGAUUCACAAGCUGUGAUCAAGAAUCCAAGUGAAUCUACUUUGUUAAUUCAAAGUUCUACUCAGAAUGCUAGUAUCAAAACUUCAAAAAUGAUUCGCUGGGAUGAGAUUGACCUCCCUAACGAGUGGCUUUUGGAAGGUGUUACAAAACCUUCUCGAGUAGUGAAUGAUGCCUCUAAUCUUUAUUACAUCCAGCAAUACAUGGAUGGAUCUGUUAAAAUUAAUUUUUCUAAUUUAGGACUUUCAAGUCGAAUUGAAAGGCCUCUGUUGGUUAACGAACGAAGGAAUUCUUUUGCUGGUUCUACCACCUCAGAAGGUCUUCGACGUCGAGAUAAGGAUGUUGAUGAGUCUCUUAACGCUCCUCCUCCUCUUUAUCCUGCUGUUAGCCCUGAUUUGAAGCUCAAAGGAAUUUCUAUCGAUUCCCAAGUUUCUUCUGCUUUUUACUCUACUAGAAAUCAUCCUCCAACGGAUGACGAAGGUGGAUCUGGUUUGAAAACUACUAUAUAUACAUCAUAGAAGACUUAUGAUGAAUUGGCCUCAUAACGGCUAAGUUUCUCAGUUUUCAGAAUAGCCUCAUAACGGCUCUUGAUUCCCAGAUUUAAUUAUUCAAAUUUGCAGACUGGCUCAUAACGGCUGGUUUCUCUCCUCAAGAAUUUUCUCCGGAUUACUAUUCAUCACUAUUUGAAGAUUACUGUGCUAAACUACUGUUCACUUUUACUGUUCCAGAUUGGCACCGAACGUGCUUUCUACUGUUUACUUUUGACCGCGGACUACACAGUACUGCGGAAUCUACUUUUACUGUUUGUUGCAUGAUUGUAAUUUGUUUUACUUUCUUUAAUUUGCCUAUAUAACGGGCUCUCCUCCCCCAUUGUAAGGCAGAGGCUUAAUACUACCCAAGCUCUCUAGCCAUUCCCCUGCUUUCCUAUUUCUUCUUGUAUCUCUUCCUCUAUCACUUACUUCUGUAAGUUCUAUCACUUACUUUUGUAAGAUAUUUUUAAUCUUAAGUUUUGA